AACAAAAUCGUACUCUGUACUGUACUCUGCAUAUGCAUAUGGGGUUCUCUUAUUUGAUUUUGUUUAACUGUCAAACAAAAUAUGUAUAUUUUGAAUCGAAAAACAAAUGCUGUACACAUAAAACCAAAUUAAAAGCGUGAAUAUUCAAUUUGAUUACUGUGUUCUGAUUUAUUAUUAUGAUCUAAUCAAAAACAAUUAUGACAGAUGAGGGCAGUGAAAACAAUGAUUUCUCCAUUGUUCAAAAAUAUCUGUUUCCUGCACAACCUGUGUCAAAAGACGGUCGCGUACUGCAGAUCCACCACUCUAUACCAGAGAGCAAAGGUCCGAGUGUGCGAUUUACUGCGGCCUCCUUCGAUCUCACAGGAGAAAGGGUAGCAGUUUCAGAUCCAUUGGGUAAUGCUUACAUUGUGGAUCUGCAGUCAAACAAAUUCUGGAAGCUCCCAGUGGUCCCAGGAUGUUAUUUAUUGACAUAUUCUCGUUACUUGCCCAGAAAACAAGACCUACUGUUUGCAAGAGUCUGUGGCCCUUUGCAUUUUAUCAAUGCAGAGAGUGGAGAGAUAAUUUGUGACCUCUUAGGUCACAAGAAGGCACCUUUGAGUGCUUCUUUUGCUGAAAAUGAGCCUUUUUGUGUGUCUGUCUGCUCAAGUUCAGCCAUCAUCUGGGAUCUGAGAUCUAACACUUUGCUUCAUCAGCUAAUAUUGCGUUCAUCCAUCGCCAUAAAACAGAUUUAUGCCGACAUCAAACAACAUCUUUGGCUUGUUUGAUGAUAGCACAGUUCACGUCUGGAGACUGGACGACUUGGAGUUUGUUAAACAAAUUCUACCAGACGAGUGCGGAGGACCAAACAUAAAGACGAUAGCUUUUACAAGAAAUGGACGAGGACUAGUGGUGGGAGGACAGACUGCCACACUUGCUGUGUUUCUUGUAGACAACUGGACACUGCAGAAGCUGAUAGCUUUGCCAGAGAACUGCAAGGCAGUAAAACACUUGGAAUUUGUUCCACAA